AUUUCCCAAUUUCAUUUUAAUCUGGUUCUGGCUGAAUUAAGUCUCACUCCAGCCAGGAAGGAGGAAGGAACUUCUCCAGGGACAUUUUCCCUCACAGUUACCUGAAUCUUCUUUAUAGCAUCCCUGACAAGUAAUCAUGUGACCUGUUUGUAGCUCUCUAUAAACCAGGAGCUUACUUCCUAUAGUAUUAGUUUACAUUUUUGUAUAACUCUAAGAGCUCAGGGAAAACUCUCCCUUUAUUAAGCUGAAUUCACCUGCAAUGUAACUUCACCAAUUUUUGCUAAUAUGGCCCCUAAAGGCCAAAGAAAAGAAAUAAUUUCAUUUUUCUAUGACCAUCUUCCCAAGUAUUUGAAGACUUUCAUAUCUCCCAGACUUUUUUUCUCUAAGCUUAAUAUUUCUUCAGUUCCUUUAAUUGAUAUGUGACAUUUUCCCACUUCUCUUCACUAUUCUGAUAAACCUUGUAUUCCAGUUUGUCAGUUUUCUUCCUUCUCUAGAUGUGGCAUACCAAACUGGACAUUGUGCCCAAAUGGGAUUUAACAAGAACAUAGUAUACAUACAUUGCUGCAUGAAGUGCUAUGUGUUUGCAGAUUUGUUAGAUCCCUUCCUUCUACUCUCUUUUGAAUGAUUUUCUAACCUUUGUUUUUCCUGUUGUGGACUUGUACAGUUUUUGAAAAUCAUGCAGCAUUUUACUUUUGUCUUUAAUACUUCCUUCAGAAUAGAAUGGAGACUCGCAGGAAAAAAUAUGUCCUUUUCAUCAAGAGGAUUGGUGGAAAAAAUAACUUCAUUCAAAUAACUCAUGAUAGGUUGAGCUAAUUCUUUUAUAUUGCACCUGAUCAUGUGCUUCCAGCACCUGAAGAUCUCUAUGUAUAUAGUCCACUGGGUUCUGCCUUUAAAAUGGAUCACUAUGCUGAUGGUUAUGGUAAAAACACCAGUUUGGUCACAAUUUUCAUGAUUUGGAAUACUAUGAUGGGAACAUCUAUACUAAGUAUUCCAUGGGCAAUAAAACAGGCUGGAUUUACCACUGGAAUCUCUAUUAUCAUUCUAAUGGGUCUUCUAACACUUUAUUGCUGCUACAGAGUAGUAAAAUCACGGACAAUGAUACCUUCAUUAGAUACUACUAACUGGGAAUUUCCAGAUGUUUGCAAAUAUUAUUUUGGCUCCUUUGGUCAUUGGUCUGGUCUACUAUUCUCCAUGGUAUCUCUCAUUGGAGCCAUGAUAGUUUAUUGGGUGCUUAUGUCUAAUUUUCUUUUCAACACUGGAAGAUUCAUUUUUAAUUUUGUUCAUCAUGUUAACAUCACAGAAGAUGUCCUUAGUACUAAUGGUACCAACCCAGUGAUUUGCCCAGAGGCUGAACGUGAUAGCCAACCCAGCAACUACACCUUUGAAGUUUUCCUUGCCAAUAACACUGACUUCCAGCAGUUUGAAAAAUGGUGGAAUAAGUCCAGGACAGUGCCUUUGUAUCUUGUAGGAUUACUCCUACCACUGCUCAACUUCAAAUCUCCAUCUUUUUUUGCAAAAUUUAAUAUUCUAGGCACUAUAUCAGUUAUCUAUUUGAUUUUCUUUGUCACCCUGAAGACUUUUCAAUUGGGUUUCCAUUUGGAAUUUCAUUGGUUUACAUCAACAGAGUAUUUUGUGCCAGAGAUCAGAUUGCAUUUUCCACAGUUGACUGGAGUACUUACUCUUGCUUUCUUCAUUCAUAACUGUGUUAUUACACUUCUAAAGAACAACAAGAACCAAAAGAACAAUGUAAGAGAUCUAUCCAUUGCUUAUUUGCUGGUGAUGUUAACAUAUCUCUACGUUGGUAUCCUGGUUUUUGCUUCAUUUCCCUCUCCACCGUUAUCCAAAGAAUGCAUUGAGCAGAAUUUCUUAGACAAUUUCCCGAGCAGUGACAUCUUGUCAUUCAUUGGAAGAAUGUUUCUGCUGUUCCAAAUGAUGACUGUCUACCCACUUCUGGGCUACUUGGCUCGAGUCCAAUUAUUGGGAUAUGUCUUCGGUAAUGUGUACCCUAGUAUUUUCCAUGUGGUGGUUCUUAAUCUCAUUAUCGUGGGAGCUGGAGUGACCAUGGCCUGUUUCUACCCAAACAUAGGAGGAAUCAUAAGAUAUUCAGGAGCAACAUGUGGCCUGGCCUUCGUGUUCAUAUAUCCGUCUCUCAUCUACAUAAUAUCCCUGUACAACGAAGAGCGCCUGACGUGGCCCAGACUGUUAUUCCACAGCUUCAUCAUCAUAUUGGGCCUUGCUAACCUGGUGGCUCAGUUCUUUAUGUGAAAGUCCCAGGAUUUUGCUGCUAUUUCAGAGUUUUUUUGAGCUUGUAUAACAGCUUGGUGUAAACUGAGUAGUAAAUGUUAAUUGUGAUUGAUAGGA